AUGUUGAGACGUCUCAAAACUCGUUCGCUUCCUCCCGCUCUCUUGCCGUCUCUCCCCGUUCCCUUCUCCCCUUCCCACACCCUCCCCCGCCGUCUCCGCCCUCCCCGGCUCUUCCCCAUCCUCCCCCCCCGAACCCUCUUGGUCCGCCCACUUCCCCCGUCCCGUCCUCCCCCUGUCCUGUCUUUCCCCUCCCACAUCGUCCCCAUCCCUCGUCACCCCCUCCCCCUUCAUCCCGCCCUCCCCCCUCCGCCCCUCCCCUCCCCACUCCCCCCCGUAUUCCGCCUGCCGCUCUUCCCCUUACCCCGUGUCCUCCCGCCCCCAUCAAAGCUUUCCCAUCUCCUCAUCUUUCCUCUCCCCCAAUCUCCCCCUUGGCGCCUUCUCCAUCUUUCCCCCAUCCCCCUGGCGCAACAGGCGGAGGAUGCGGAACCCAUUCGCAACGGCGAGUCGCUCAUGGACCCGCCCUGCCUACACCGCAUCUCGCGCCCAUCCCACGGCGCCGCGCAUUCCUCCGGCGGCGCCACGCGUCCGUCGCUCACUGGCUCUCGCCCGGCAAGCGCGCCGAUUCGAACCGACCGACCUGAGGCGCAACCGACGGCGCGUAUGCCGCCCGCGAAUCACGGCGACGAGCGGAAAGAAACGCGCCACGUGGCUUCAGCCGGCCACCACCCGCAUCCGACGCGGUCGCGCUCCUACGUAUCGUCUCCCGCGGAGCUAGAAGACGCGGUUCCUCCGCUUGAUGCGCCGCGAGAUGCAGAGCGGCGGAGAAGCUUUGACGGGUCGGAGUCGGAAAGGGCCAGCCUUAUGCGCGAUGGAGCAAGGGCAGGGGUGUGUGUGAGUGUUGCUGCUGCUGCUGCGGAAGAAUCAGCAGGAGGAGGAGCAGGAGGAGGAGCAGCGGGAGGAGCAGCAGAAGCAGGAGCAGAAGCAGCAGCAGGAGCAGCAGCAGGUGGGCUAGCAAGCAGUCCAGCAACCCCUGCCAGCCCAAGACAAAGAGUAAGGGCAGACAUUAACGCGAUUGUUGCAGCUGCUGCUGCUGCUGCUGUGGCGGCGACAGUAUCUGCAGGAGCUGCUGAGAAAGCAGCGGCAGCAUCAGCAGGAGCGGCAGCAGCAGGGGGGGUGUCAGCGCUACCACCAGUGGCAGGGAAGGCGGUGCGAGUGGUGCAGUGCGUGUCUCGCUGUGCCCCCAUGCUGGAAGAUAACUUCCUCAACAACUCCGCCAGAACGGUGUACUCUAAUGUGCUCAUGCCUGGAGAACAAUCUGUGGGGCUGUUAACAUGGUUUCCGGCCCGUUUGAUGGGAGCUGUGCAGCGAUCAGAGACGCUGGUUGUGAUUGCUCUGCGGGAGUCGAUCGUGUUUCUUGCCCUCAUCGCCCUCUUUGCUGUCACACCUAACGUCUGCCGAGCCCUCAACUGGCUGUGGGCCUCCUUUAUCAUGCGAGACGGUCAAGUCACAGAGGAAUGCUUUCAGGACUCCGUGUUUGGCGCUCUCGUGCUCCCCCUGCAGUUUGUUGCAGCCGCUUUCUUCCUCACCAGACACAUGCGUCUCCUUUUUUCACUGGCCAAGCUCCUUCCUCCUCCGUCGGUUCACAAUAGUUUCAGUGGUGGUGGUGCCAGUGUGGGUGGCAAAUCCCCUUCUUCGUCUUUCCCUCUCUCGCUCACUCCCUCCUCCUUAUCCUUGCAGUAUGCGCCUUCUCCUGCCUCUAGCCAAGCUCCACCUGAGCCCGUUCCUCCUGCGGAGGUUCAGAAUGGUUUCAGUGGUGGUGGCGGUGACGUGCUUUGCAGUGGGCCCAUAUUGCUCAACGUCAGUCGUUUCCUCUCGCUGCUCAUCCACCUCGUGGGGGUUGGCACGCUGCUAUACCCACCUGAUCAAAGCUCUUCCGCCUUUCCCUCCCCACUCCUCCCCCCUCUCCCAUCCCACCAGCCCACCUUGCUCAACGCGAGUCGCUUCCUCUCGCUGCUCAUCCACCUGGUGGGGGUGGGCACGGUGCUACCUCAACCUGCGAACCACCUCUCCCAUCCGCCCCUCAUCCCCCCUAUGCUAUGCCCGAUGCACCAACGCCCCGCCCACCAGCCCAUCUUGCUCAACGCGAGCCGUUUCCUCUCGCUGCUCAUCCAUCUUGUGGGAGUGGGCACGGUGCUGGACCUAUUCGGUGUCUCCCUCCUCUCCCUGGUGGCUGUGGGCGGCAUCUCAGGUGAGGGAGUGCGAGGGGGUGCGGGAGAGAGUGAGGGAGGGAGUGAGGGGGUGAGUGGGCACGGUGCUGGAUCUCUUUGGCGAGUCCAUCCUCUCCCUGGUGGCUGUGAGCGGCAUCUCAGGUGGGCGGCAUCUCAGGUGGGCGGCAUCUCAGGUGUCGCCAUGGGCUUUGCUUCCAAGGAGAUGGUGGCCAGUUUUUUUGGCGGGCUGGUGCUGGUGUUCUCACAGCCGUUCGUGGUGGGGGAGAUGGCUAAGGUAACAGCAACACACACGGCAUGGCCAACCCUCUUCCUUUUCCUUCCAGUGCACCGAGCACCUUUGAGAAUUCUCAAAAGUGUCGCCAUGGGAUUCGCCUCCAAGAAAAUAGUGGCGAAUUUCUUUGGAGGGCUAGUGCUGGUGAUCUCACAGCCAUUCGUGGUGGGAGAGCGCAUUCAAGCAGGGGCCAUAUCGGGAAGGGUGGAGGAGGAUGGUGUCGCGAUGGGAUUCGCUUCCAAGGAAAUAGUCGCUAAUUUCUUCGGCGGGCUAGUGCUGGUGAUCUCACAGCCAUUCGUGGUGGGAGAGCGCAUUCAAGCAGGGGCCAUAUCGGGGCGCGUGGAGGAGAUUGGGUUUCUGCACACCAAGCUGGCUGGAGCAAACAAGGCGCCAGUUGUGGUGCCAAAUCAAAUCUUCAACACUGCAGUGAUCACCAACUUCUCCCGUGCUCGGUGCUACCCUGUAGCCGUCACAUUCGAGCUCAGAAUAGAGGAUAUCGAGCGAGUGCAAGCCAUCACGUCUCGCAUCACCCGCAUGCUCAGGUCGCAUGCUGACGUGGACCAAUCACAGGGCCCCGCGCAUGCAGUGCUGAAGGACCUCAAUGGGGCCAGUCUGCAUGUGGGCAUGCUGGCUUCGCUAAACCCUCAGGUGAGAUUUCAGGUGAUUCCAGGUGAGUUCAAGUGUUUUCUUUGGCAUUAG